CUAAAUCCUGAAGAGCAGCAUUCCAGAAAAACAGGAAUAGUGUUCAAUACACUCCUCCUCCUCCUCCUCCUCCUGCUCCUCCUCCUGCUGCUCGAUUGUCACGCAAACAGAAGCCUAAUCCACAGAAGUAAUAAACCUCUUCACCUGAGAGCUACUGAAACACGUGCUUCACUUCUACAGGCCUGACAGACUGCAGGUUCACCUCUAACACUGUUUUAAAAAGGGAAAGUAAAAACGACAAGCGAGAGUCAGAGACAUGGCCUCAGUUGAUGAAGAGAACGUUGUGAGCACAGUGAUGUCCAGAAACCAGCCUGGAAGAAACAGAGCCAGUUCACGCUCUUUGGAACAAACUGUGAACUUCAAAGGAUCUCCUGAAACAGGAAGCACCAAGAUGUCCAGAAAUGGAAGAAGCAGAGCCAGUUCACGCUCCAUGGAACAACCUGUGAACUUCACAGGAUCUCCUGAGACAGAAAGCACAGUGAUGUCCAGAAACCAGCCUGGAAGAAACAGAGCCAGUUCACGCUCUUUGGAACAAACUGUGAACUUCAAAGGAUCUCCUGAAACAGGAAGCACCAAGAUGUCCAGAAAUGGAAGAAGCAGAGCCAGUUCACGCUCCAUGGAACAACCUGUGAACUUCACAGGAUCUCCUGAGACAGAAAGUAAUCCCCUCAGCCCCCUGUCUCCGAGCGCAGAGUCUUACCUGAGUGACGGCUCUUCUGUCUUCAACUCUGAUUCUGAGGAAACCCCCAGCACCACGAUGCCCAAAAAUCAGCCUGAAGUAACAAGAGGAAGUACCAACAGAGUCAGCUCACGCUCCUUCGAAGCAGCCUUUAAAAGGAAAAACUCUAAAACGACGGCAGGCAUGCCGCUCUAUAGGUCCAGGUCUCUGAGGUCCGUGAUGUCUUCUGAGAGCGCUGGUUCUUUAAAUUCAGUGCGUGAAGAACUGGAUGAUGACCUCAGGACGUUCGACAGGCCGGUCUCUCCGAGCGCCCAGUCCCAACGAGCGCCCAGUGAACGCUCUUCUGCCUUUACAUCUAAUUUUGAGGAAUCUAGCAGGGACUCAGGGAUAGCUGGCUCGAGCGACUGCAUCCUCUUUUCCAUUAGGAGAGGAGAGGGCCUCAGUAAAGCGCCUCCUCUGGCCACGGGACCUGAUGAUGUGCCCUGUGACUUUUGCACAGGAAGUAAAAGCAAAGCCUUCAAGUCGUGCUUGAUUUGCCUUCGUUCCUUCUGCUCAAGGCACGUGAUGGAUCACUACAAAUACAAAGAGCUGGAAGAACACCAACUGGUGGAGGCGACCACAGAUAUAAACGUGUAUAAUGAGUUGACUGAGCUGAAGCAGGCCAUCAGGAAAUUGAGCGAGGAGAACCGGUCGCUGAAAGAGUUAUUAAAGUCCUUGGAAGAAAGCAGCGGACCGAAACUUCCUGCCUACAUCUGUAAAGGAAUAAUCCCCACAGCAGCCAACGUGGUUCUGGAUCCUGAGACGGCUCACCGAGCGCUCAUCAUCUCCUCCAAUGGCAAACGAGUGCGAAUGGGACAAAAAACUAAAGUCAAGCCCGGGCCUCAGAGGUUCGACAGGUGGGAGUGUGUGCUGGCUAAAGACGGCUUCAGCUCAGGACGACAUUACUGGCAGGUGGAGGUGAAUAAGGAGUUUACGAUCGGUGUGACAAAGAGUUCGGCACAGAGGAACAGUCGCUUCGCCUUCGCUCCCUUUCAGGGCUACUGGUGCAUCUUCCACUUCUGGCUCUCGUUCUCGGCCCUGGAGGAUCACGUGGUGCGACUUCCCUUGAACGCCGUGCCCCAGGUGUUAGGCGUGUGCGUGGAUGUGGACGAGAAGUGGGUGACGUUUUAUAACACAGAGACCCAAGAGCAAAUCUACACCUUCAAAAACAUGAAGCUGGCACCUGGAGACAAGGUCUACCCUGUCUUCCGCACGGUGGAGAGAACCAUGGACCUUCGGAUCUCUGCGUUCUGAACGCAGGUGGAAAGAUUCAUCCUGCUGUGAAUCACACACACUUUAAACACCAUCCUGAAAGAGCACUCACACCCUGGGUGCUUGUUGUUGUUGGCCACCUCCUCUCCUACCCCAUGGAGAUCUGCUUUAUGUAGGUGUUACUGAGAUGGAGCACUUUCACUUCCUUCUGAACUUCAGAAUCCUCACAUCUUAAAGGCUUUAAUAUUGUUUUUUUUCUAAGUAUUACACAUCUACUAUGAGGUGGUGGAGAUGAGAUUUUGUCCGUUCCUCAGAUUCUCCUCAGAAUGGUAUCUCCAGCAGCAGAUAAACUGAUUAGAUUUUGGAAUCAGGCUCAAGCUCACAGCAAGGGCAGAUGUUGGUGGUGGUGAGGGGCAACAGAUUCUACUUGUUCCUUAGUAAGAGAUGAUGUUCUGCUGGAGCACCCAUGUAAAAAUUAAAUAUCUUUAUAUUUAUAAGUUUGUUAUAGUCAGCUAGUUAACUUUUGUACAUUAGCUAGUUAAGUGAGUUAGCUAGUUUUGCAGAAUUAGUUAGCUACUUCUAUUUGGUUUUUGUUGACUGUCAUUUGUGCUGCGAUCAUGUUUUUUUAUGACUGAAAGUUCAGUGAAGGAGCUUCUGCUUCAGGAUGGGGCAGCUGAUUUUUUUCAGCUGGGAAAAUGGACGUUUGGUUUCUAUUUUUCUACUUUAGAUGUAGUUUUUUCUUUAAAUCUUUAAAUGUGUAAAACCCCUGGGAGCUGAGAUCUUCUGACUCUGGGCUUUGUGUGAUGUGUGAUGGGUCUACAGCGGGAGAAUCUGCAGGAAGGAUGACCCUCCCUCAGGAUUCAGCUCUGCAGUGGCUGUGUUUCCGGUCAGAGAGACAGGAGCGUGUUCUCCAGGGGUAAUAGAGUAAACGUUCGUCUCUGAGACACUCAUAUUAUUGUUAAAAAAAUCAGUGCAGGAUGUGAUGUGGUAGCUCACUGGUUAACGUGUUGGCCUACUAACUAGAAGGUUAUGAGUUCAAAUCCCAGGUCCACUGGCUGUCCACUGCUGGGCUCCUGAGUGAGGCCCUUAAUGCUCCUUUGUAUAAAAUGAAAUAAAUGUAAAUAUCCUAGGAUAAGGGUGUCUGGAAAACACUUAAAAUUGAAUUUGAACUGCUGAAGAACCUGUGAAUGGUUUUAGAAACACUGCCAAGAGCCUGAAUCAUUGUGUAAUUCCAGCUCGGGUUUCCUUUAACUCUGUUAAUAAAUGAAUUAAAGAGAGACGUAGGAUAUAUCUGCAGGGGUUACUCUGGACAUGGGUCAUCUUAGAGGUCCAUUUUCAGCAGCUCUGUAACUCCGAGCCUGUGGCUGUGUGAGUGUGUGAUACUUCAACAUGAGGAAACACAAUAAACACAACGACACACUGUUUAUUCACAAUGUCUUGGUUUUGUAAGAGGCCACGCCCCUUUAGGACAGUCAGCUCAGCUGUUUAUCACAUGUAAACUUUGUUGUAUGUUUAAUAUCAAUUUUACACAAAUAUUCUAGUGCCAGG